AUGAAUACUAUUUUAAAUAUUCCACUUACUCGACAAAUCACAUUUGGCUUUUUAAUUACUUUAAUACUCCCAUCUGUUCUUGGUUCUUGCUUUGUAUUCUACCGUAUUACACGAAAUAAACAGAUGUUUAAGCAAUUAAAUAAUCAAUUUAUUUUUUGUCUUUUUAUCGUUUAUUUCAUUCAGACAACAUUGGAUUUACCUUUGACAAUUAUCUUUCUUUAUCGAGGUGUCGUAGCCGUACAAACUCAAACAUUUUGCGCAUAUUGGUAUAUUUUAAUAUCUGUUCUUGAUAUGCUUAUUUAUCAAUUGAACGUUAUUUACUCGUAUUUCACAACAAAUUUCUAUUCAAAUAUAAGAUUAUUUUACAUUACAUACCAUUGGUUCUAA